CUUAAAUGCACGAACACCUGGCAGGCUGACGUCAUCCUGCGGUGGAGUCCAGGCGACGUCAGUCAGCAAGCCACGCCUCUCCAGAGCGCAGCCAGCAACCGGAAAAUACUUUUUGGCUGAGGAAUGCAGGGACGUUAAGCAGACCGGUCAGUUGAAGUCAGCGAAUCAUGGCUGGCUUCAGACAGGAAAAUGUUGAGCUUUUCUAUGAAAUGGGAGAGGAGUUGGGAAGUGGACAGUUUGCCAUCGUGCGUAAAUGUAAAGAAAGGAGCAGCGGAACAGAAUACGCUGCCAAGUUCAUCAAGAAGAGACGGCUGUCGUCCAGCCGACGUGGCGUGAGCAGAGAGGAGAUCGAGCGAGAGGUGAACAUCCUCCGAGAGAUCCAGCACAGCAACAUCAUCACCCUUCAUGACAUCUUUGAGAACAAGACAGAUGUGAUCCUGAUCCUGGAGCUGGUGUCCGGAGGGGAGCUCUUUGACUUCCUGGCUGAGAAGGAGUCGCUGACGGAGGAGGAGGCAACACAGUUCCUCAAGCAGAUCCUGGAUGGAGUGCAUUACCUUCACUCUAAACGCAUUGCACACUUUGACUUGAAGCCCGAGAACAUAAUGCUGCUUGAUAAGAACGUUCCGAGUCCCAGAAUCAAGCUGAUAGAUUUUGGAAUUGCACAUCAGAUUAAAGAUGGAAAUGAAUUUAAGAACAUCUUUGGAACGCCUGAGUUUGUUGCUCCGGAAAUUGUAAAUUAUGAACCACUUGGCCUAGAGGCAGACAUGUGGAGCAUUGGAGUUAUCACAUAUAUACUCCUGAGUGGUGCUUCUCCAUUUCUUGGUGAGACCAAACAAGAAACGCUCACCAACAUCUCAGCCGUCAACUAUGACUUUGAUGAAGAGUUCUUCAGCAACACGAGCGAGCUCGCUAAGGACUUCAUUCGCCGACUGCUGGUCAAGGAUCCUAAGAAGAGAAUGACAAUUGACGACAGUCUCCAGCAUCCCUGGAUCAAGGUGAUUAAGAGGCGCAACGUGAGGCCAGAAGAGACCGAGCGCAAGCCGGAGCGUAGACGCCUAAAGACCACCCGUCUGAAGGAGUACACCAUCAAAUCUCACUCCAGCAUGCCUCCCAACAACACCUACAUCAACUUCGAGCGCUUCUCCCAGGUCAUGGAGGAAAUCGCAUUGGCCGAGGACAGUCUGCGAGAGCUGGAGAAGAACCAGCGCUCCUGCAGGGAAGACGUGGCCGCUCUGCUCUCCAUCUAUGAGGAGAAGGAGAGCUGGUACAAGGAGGAGAACGAGAGCAUCGCCACAAAUCUGAAUCAGAUCAAACAGGAGCUGCAGAAGGCUCAAUCCCUGCGCAGGCAGAGCCAGGAGGACACCCGGGCCGCCAUGCUGUCGGCCAACGCCCUCAAACGCAAGUUCGGUCGGCUGGAGAACCGCUAUGAGGUCCUGGCCGAGCAGAUGGGCUCCGAGGUGCGCUGGGUGGAAGAACUGGUGCGCUCCAUUUCUGCUGAAAACGACGCACGCAGUACCGGCAUGGCUUGAAGCUUUCUCUUUGCUUUCUGUAUGUAGUAUAUCUAAUAUCUUUGCUUGGUACGUACGGGACAGCUAUAUAGUAUUAAAGACUAUCGCAAUAAGCUUGAUGCCUUUAGAGUUUACACCUUUAUGCACCCAGAACAAAGAGCAGGCAAUGCAAAUCUUUACUUGAGUCUAAGUGAGGGUGUGUAUGUGAAGAAUAAGCAGUUUGCUUGUGCAUACACUUUAAAAAAAUGUUGGGUUAUUUUUUUAGGUAAUUUAACCUAUGCAGGGUUGUUUUAACCCAUUGUUGGGUCGAAUACUGUAUAAACAUUUAACCCAAUGGCAGGUUUUGUCCCUUUUUGACCAAAUGCUUGGUUGAAAAUAACCCAGCAUUUUUUAGUGUAGCAGUAUUCGCAUGUGAUGCCAGGCUGUUACAGCUAAAGUCAACAUAUUGCAUUUUUGCAUAUCACCCGAAAAAUAUGCAUUUGCUGGAUUAAAUCAUUCACUCAUAGUACUCGAGUAUUGAUAUCAAAUAGCACUCAGAGCAAAUCAUACUAAAUGUACAUUAUGAAUAGGGUUGCAAACUCAGGAAUUUUGGAAAUAUUCCAAGGAAUUCUUUUGAAAUUUAAAAGCUGUAUCAUAUACAAACAUUAGCGUCCACAACAUCUGACUCAUCUUCAUCUGUGUGCCACAAUUCCCAUAUAUGUAUUUUCCAUGGCAAGUUUCCAAAAUUCCCAUAAUUUUGCAACCCUAAAUGUGAAUAAUGCACUACACGUUCCUCUAUGAGGAAUUAAUAAAAUAAAUAAACAAGAUUCCUUUGCUUUUGUUGUGCCGCACAUCCGAUGUGAAGCACUGCUUUGCCUAUGCAACGUCAACACUAAUUUUAUUUAAGACAAAGUGCUAGUAACUUCUAACUGCUUUAUUGAAUGAUGCAUACAAAACUUUAAUACUCUGCUUAAAUCAUAUUCAGUUAGCUGCUUCUGUAAUAAUAAAUAUCCCAAGUUUACUCUUUUCUUUAAGUUUAAAACACACACUUCAGACAUUCCAUUGUUUUUUUGCAUGACAUUCCAUGUGCGGAUGAGCAUCGGUAACUCGAUCAGGAAACCGAGCUCAUUUGUAAAGUCAGCAAUGUUUGUAUUGGUUUGCAUAUAGUACUGUACUCUCAUUAUUUGUUUUAUUUACAACGAAUUUAUAUACAUAUCAAAAAUCCAUUCGAAUAAAAAGAAUUGAAGAAUAUA